GUUGUGAUGCUCCAGCUCCCUCACAAAGCCCUAGUGGAUCCAGCCGUGUGCCUUCACACCGAGCGCUUAAACAAGCCAGUGCCUUCGGCUGAACUUCACGACAUCAAUCUCAUCUGGCUAGAGCAAUGUAGUAAGUACUCUACAGCGAUACGGAUUCCUUUGAUGUACGGACUAGGAGACUUUCAUGGACUUUGGGUGUCUACCAGGGAUGCUGUGGAACGAUACAAUUCAGCCUUCCCAGGUAGCCCACGCGUUGAAUGUGGGAUAGUUCCUAUGGCCACCCCUUGUAUUGAAAUGAGCUUCCAGGGUACGAAUUGGUUGUACAGGUGUUUUGGAUUCCCCUGCGAGUGUGCAGUUUCCCAAGGUCUCUUGUCGGAAAGCCGAGAUGCGGUACCUUCCACGCUGGUCGGACGAUGAUAGUCAAA